CCAUCAUCACCGUCAUUUAGUCAAUAUGUUCCAUCAUAUGAAACCCAAGCAUCAUCAAAUCAACAAUUUUCUUUUGUUGAACCUGCUGUACCACCUCGUAAAUUUCAGAAUAGUGAUUUCAGUUCACUUGAACAUUCUCAUUCACCUCCAAUGACGUUUACACCAACAAUUGGAAAACGAUUAAAUUCAUCAACAUCUUCGUUACCCACAACGAGACAAGUGUCACCAAAUGGUAAUGAUGAAAAUGGUGGUACAAAAAUAAAUGAUGAAGUCAUGUUUAAUUUACUAUUGGAACAAUAUAAAAAAAAUCAAUUAUUAGAAGAAAGAUUAAAGCAAUUACAGAAUGGUGGUAAUGCAACGUCUGCCGCAACGACAUCACAAUCAUCAGCGAUAGAAUCGGACACUGUUACGUCUGCAGCAAUAAAAGAAUGUAUUCCUUCAUCUGCUACAGUUUUAGUAGCGAACAGUAAAAUCUUUACUCCACCUAUUAAGUCAACGAUACCAUUGAAAAAACCAUCAUUAGUAGAUCAUUACCAUCAGACUGACGAAUCACAACAAAAUACACAAUCAACUCUUAAUUAUGAUACUCAUUUGUUACACAUAACGAAAAAAAUAAAAGAUGACCAACAAUAUCAACAACCAUUUCUUAACUUUUUCCCAAAUAAUCAUGUUUAUCAAUCAUUUCUUCCAUCACCAGCAUCUACAAUAGGAAGCAAUCAUUCAUCCCUAUCAUCCGAUCGUUCAACCGGUUAUUCAUCGGGUUCUAGUUCAAGUAGUUCUAGCUCUUGUUCAUUAGAAGCUACCAGCAGUUAUAGUUCGAGGUCAAAUAGUUCGUUGGGUGAACUAAAAACUCCACCUCCUGAAUCAAUAAAACAUCAACAUCAUAAACAAUUACAAAUAACUCAUGAUGAACAACAACAAUCAAUUAUAACUGGCACAGUAUCAAAAGAUUUUAUCGAUGAUGAAACUAGUAACUGUCUUGUUACAAAUGGUGGUUAUUUUGUCGGCGAUGAUAAAUGUAAAAGUGGUAUGUCAAUACCAGAAAUGUUUAAGAAACAAUUUAGUACUCUUUUAUCAACCAUCAGAGAUCCAAGUGUUCAUAAGGUAUUAGAAGAACAGUUUAAAUCAGGUGCUAAAGAUUUUGUUCAACAAAUUCUAUUGAGUCAGCAAUGCUCAACAUCACAAUCACCUGUUCCAACAACAUCAACUGAUACUCACACACAAAUAAAUGAACAAAGAUUAUAUCAAAUAUCUGAUAAAAAUAAUCAACAGUGCAAUAGUUCAUGGAUAUCAUCACAUUUACCAACGUCGAAUAAUCAAUCAGAAGUUCAUGAAAAUCUUCAAACAUCGUCCGAACAGUUUGCUUCAAAGGUAAAACCAACAAUAACUAUUGAAACACGUUCAUCGUCAUUGAGACGACGGAAAAAUAGCAAUGAAAAACAACAAGUGAUUGAAACAUUUUCACAAUCAUCAUUGGAACAAGAAAAAGUAAACAACAAUAGUGUUAAACGUCGAAAAGUUGAGAAAAUGGAACCUAUUCAACGUCCUACUACACGUUCAAGAAGCAAUAGUGAGCGUAUAUCAACGGACAUUAUGAUUGGCAAUAAUAAUUUAAAAAUAAAAACAUCAAAUAUUUUAACUCAUAAUGAACCACGGCCACCUUCAAUAAAUCAUAAUAAUUUCAUCACAGACACAAUUAAUUUGAGACAGCGUAAACGUAAAAUAGUGACAAUAGAUACGGAUGUUCCAUCGACUAAUGAAAGAGUCAUUGUUCAACAACAACAGUCAUUACCAGCUAUUCAAUAUCAACAAACAAUAACGACGCGUAGUACAUCUGAUUUUACAAAUCAAUUAGAAGAUAUGAAAAAUCAGCUGAUAAAUGCAAAUUCUUUACGUUCAAAUUCAUCUACAAUUGUAUCAUCGUCCACAGUUAAUACAAGAAAUCAAUUAUCAGCUCGUCUAAAGGUUAUUGAAUUAUUAAAAGAUCAUUUAUAUCCAUCAGAUUCAACAAUUUUAUCGUUUCAACUUCAAAAUGUCGAUUUAUUUCCCAAAAAACGUGAUUUAACUUUACGUAUUCGAGAAAUCCGACAAAAAAUAAUGACAACUACGAAUGCAACUAAAGAUGAAGAAGGGUCAUAA